AUGAACUUCCUUCGAUUUGGGUUGUUAAUCGCCUUCGUUCUUCUUGGACUGGUCUCAGCUCGAUCCCUGGGAGCGUCGGAUGACACUUUGUAAGUUUUUACAGCCCUUACGUCAUACUAACAACAUCAUGUACUCAUAACCCGCUCUUUUAUCAUGUUUUUUUUCAAUAACAACUUAUAAAAAUCUUUCAGGAUCCGUCAACGCCGCGGCUACGGAUAUGGCGGUGGUGCUCCUCCACCACCACCUCCUCCACCUCCGCCACCACCCCCACCACCACCUCCACAAUCCUCCUAUGGAUACGGCAGCUCGUUCGGCGGUGGCGGCGGCGGCGGAUCCUACGGCGGCGGUUCCUUCGGCGGCCAAGGCCUGGGCUCCUCGUACGGCGGCGGUUACGGCGGCUCCUCUUUCGGCGGACAGUUCGCCGGAGGCGGAUACGGAUACCGCGGUUAA